GCUCUGCAUGCGGAAAUGCUCCGGCCUGUCCCGAUUUUGCCGACCUCGGCUGGAUUUUGCAGCGAGCGGAAGCAAGCUCCUUUGGACUACGCGAUUCGUGAAGAGAGCGAUCGACUGCACUUUGCGAGCUCGUACUCUGGUGUUUCCAUGCACGAAUGGAUGUGCUGAGGAGUGGGAUGUUGGUGAACGAGGGGCCCUCACAGUGGGAGUUACUUCAACCUGGCUAUGCUUGGCACAUCCGUUCUGGAACAACACCAACAAUGCAAGGCAAAUGCAUGCUCCGAUAUCGAUCGAAUCGACUGACUCGGCCAAUGCAACUACUCGCAUGCGAUACGAGAGAGAAGGGCCGCAAUUUCCGCUACAGUGACCGGUCCUUAAUGCAGCGACAGGCCUGGGCUGGUUUGACAACGCAUUCGAGGAUCUCCACGCCUGAUGGGAUGAUGUGUCAAAGCCGCAACUGAUACGUUGCUGUCCAUGAUGCCCGCUGCGGAACCGGCAUGCUCCAGCAUAUUCGUGAACUCGCGAAAAAGAAGUAUCGCGGGCGCGUCUUGGCAGGAUAUGCCGUUCUGGAACGAAUACACCAUUUCUGCCAGAUGCAGAGCUUGUGGUUUGAGGAGUCAACUCCCGAUCAGAUUUGCGCAUUGUACCCAAUGGGUUUGUGGCUUCGACGUCCAGCAACCAAUCACCAAACGGACACUCAGCUUCCCCGCUGCAGUAGUCAGCCUUUCUUUACUACACAUGAACAUGCAUCUGGUCGCCAACGCAUACAUCUACGAUCACAUCGGCCUGGCAGAAGACUCCUUACGCCUGUACUUUGACAGCGAGUCGUGUUAGCUGGACGCCUAGGACUCGCUUUGUGCAACUGGUUUUCAUGCGAGCGAUAUUCCACUAGGAAAGGACGAAAGAACGCGAAGUCAAGAACGAAGAGCAAGCCAUCGAAGCAUUCAUUGGCCAUGACACACCUUGGGCUAGCGAUGCUCGGUCCUUGAGAGCCUCCUUCUCCUUCCAAAGUCUUAUGCACGUCCGAACGCUCCCAUGCCAUCGUGAAAGAGGCGGCUGCGAUGGGAUCAUAAGGCUUUCAAUGAGCACCUGCAUAUGCCGCCUCGUUUGACGAUCUCGCUGCUCACCCAGCAUAACCGGCUUCGUACUUUGUGGGAAAAGGCAAUAGCGCAAUGAACGCAGUGCAAUGGGUGGCGUCGAAGUUCUUCUCCACGAUACACGAAGCACUUCAAGCUCUGCCCAGAGGUUUGAGAAUGGCCGACUCUCCGGAUCACCAAUGUUCGCUGCCUCUUAUAUGAGUGCAACGCCAGGUAGUGGAGAGCGUAUGUCGCUAGCAAUCGAUUCGAGCACUUUCUACGGGCAUGGCCAUGUUGCUCGAACUCAUCACCCGGCUCUCCGCUCUUCCACCCUGGCCAUCAGUCGCAUAGGAUUGGCGAGCCUGCAUUGAGUGUCUCCUCUCCUAUGCGGAGAGCGAAUAUUCUCCUCCCGCCUUCUGUUGUUGGACGAGUCGUACCAAUGUGAGUUCGCCGAGUUUUGACUCCGACACGCUGAUACACGCACGCGACUUCAGUCCUUGCAACAUCUGGGGAACCUUCAUUCUACAUUAAAGCUCAGCCACGGCACAACUACCACAUACAUCGUCACCAUCAACAAUCGCGAGGCAGGUCGCUCGAAGCACAACUGCGAUGAACAAUGCACACAGCCGUGUACCACAUGAAGUCGAAAUUGUUUGCGACGUACAUUUGUGUUCUGAUGUUGCACAAUAUGCCUAAGCUGUGUCUUUACACCAAGCAGCAAGACCUCAUGACCUUUUCACGACAAACAGAUGCGUAGUAUAUCUCAACACCCUCGUCUUCUUCUCAUCCUCCAUCCAUCGCACUAUCCCCGAUUUUCUCAAGCAAGAUGCUCCUCACCCAUACCCUGUCUCUUCUCCUCCCCAUCAUCUCCCUCGCACAAGCAGCAUGUACAGUACAACAGUACGACCACCUUCUAUUCGCAUUGAAACACAACUCACAAGAUGUCGUGUACUACUAACACAUCCUGCCAGAUUUCACGGCAACAACUGCGACAACGACAACUCCCCAAGUCCAUUGACAGAGAUCCCACCAAAUGGCUUUUGCCAUAAAGCAUUGCUGAACAAACACUCCUUUCGUCUCAGCGAAGGCUGCGGGUUCUUUGAUGUAGAUCUCUGGCAAGACGACGAAUGUGGACAUGGA